GAGGUUGUUUUUUGGGGGGGUUGUUUUGAUCAGUUUCCUCUCCCGCCAAAGUUACAUCCUCUACUACCUAAACCUCCAGCUUAUCUUUUAUUUAUCUUCUUGUGCGUUACCACACCCUGAGAUCGUUUCUGAAUGUGCUACUGAAACAGCGAGGGGGGAAAUAACUUUGUUCCUAAUUAUCACCAACGCAGCCAGCAGCUGGAGCUCCACUGUGCGGACAGUGUGUACCUCUGUGUGUUAUGAUGGGUGGAGACGGAGGUCCUCCCCCAAAAUAAAAUAUAGUCAGACAGACAACACAAGUCAGCCCAACCACCACCAGCAGCUACAUCCCCGCAGAGCCCCAGGAGCCUGGACGGUACCUGGAUCAGUUGGUUUAAAGUCCCGCACAUUACACUAACAGUACAUCGGAGCAGUCUGCUGACGUUACAAACCAAGAGCGAUGAGUCAGGCUGAGCAGGUGCCUGAGGACAUGCCUGCAUACCUCAAUGAUGAGCCAGUAGCUACAGACAACAACAAGGACCACCCACAGACGCAGCCUGGCAUGUUCAGCAGGUUGGCGGGGGGCUUGUACGGUGUCACCAAGGGAGCUGUUGGAGCGACGGUGGGCGGUGUGACAUGGGUAGGAGGAAAAAGUCUGGACCUAACCAAGAGCGCUGUCAGCACUGUAGUCGCUGUGCCUGGGAUGGGAGUGGGGCUGGUCAAAGGAGGAGUGAGUGCUGUAGCCGGAGGGGUGAGCGCUGUAGCCGGAGGAGUGACUGCUGUCGGCUCGGCAGUGGUCAGCAAAGUUCCCUUAGGAGGAUGCAAAAAGAAGGACAAGUCUGACUGAUGUGAAGAAGAAGAGUGUGGAUGGCUCGUGCUGUGUUUGCCUGUUAUAGCAUUUAUGAGCAGGAAAAGACUAACAGAGGACUCAAAGGUUUAGUGAACACAUUUUGGUGAGGGGGUCUGUGUUUUGUUUGUUUUUGUCCUUUAAGUUUGUGUUUUGUGUGAUUGGUGGUGUUAUGAGUAUAUGGCAAGGACCUACAAAGACACUCCUGCACAGUUGUUAAAGGUAAAACACACCAUAAUAUUAUCAGCUGUGCCUGAAAAAAAGUUUUUUUUGUUUUUUUUGUUUUGUUUUUUAAGUCCAUAUUUCAUUUUUGAUGAUAAGCCACAGCACUGUUUUCACUGCAGACUGUACAAGAGGAAAAAAGCUCAGAGGGAAAGUGCACUUAAAUUACACUUGCAAGACAAUCAUUGAUGUACGGUGAUCUACAGCUGGAAAUAUUUCACUGUCAACUGAAAAAAAUACAUGGGUCAGAAAAUGUGUAUAGUGUGAAUACAUCACCUUCAUGCAUCUGAUCAAAGAUGUGAUUUGAAAAAGUGCAGAGCAGUUUGAGUUGACAUUUUCCUCUGAGGUAACAUCGCCCUCUGGUGGCUAGAUCCUCAGCUCAGUGGAACCCAACUUGGUCUUUUGAUGCAGAAUCAUUUUGUAAUAAAUACUGUGUCAUUAUAAAAGUCAAAGAGUAUUUUGAAUUAUCUACAUGACACUUCUUUUAUGAAAAUCUAUAUUUUCAUAGUUACUGUAACAUGUUGGUGAAUGUCACUAUGUUAUCAUCAAGCUGCCACGUUACACCCACAAUCUUCAUAAUGGCAUAAAUCUCUUCCUCUUAACCAAAGCAUGAGAGUUAAGUACUUGGCUAAUACUCCGUUAACUUGUUUAGGGUUACCAUGUUUACAAAAAUCUGAUGGCUGGGAUUCCUUGACAUUAAAACCAGAAUUUAUUUUUCCCCGUUCAGUUGUAAAUUUACUCUGAACUGUAAACUGCUAUUCAAGCCAUGUAUGAUGCAAAACGAAGGUUUCAAAGUGUUAAUCAGUGUUGCAGACUGUUUGGAAGUAUCCUGAACAAUGACAAUGUAUUGAAAAAUGGCAAUGUUGUAUUAGGAACAUGUAUAAAUAAAACCUUUGCUAAAG